AUGGAAUACGACGCUUUGGACUCUCUGCCGUACAUUGAUGGUGAUCUCAGCGAGGACGAGAGGCUGCGUGUAGAGCAAUUGAUACUGGAGGAAGUUGGGGACACCGAGUCGAUGCAUCCGUCCGUGGAGUGUGUGUAUCCGAUUCCUACGGCAUCGGGUAUCCUGGGCGAACUGACAGAGGAGGAGAUUCUAUCCAAGGACUUCACGCUCGGAGGAAUCGACAUGCAACGGUACGACCAACUGGACGAUGCGGACUGUUUGCAGAUGCUGCUGAGCUAUACCUAUCUACGAGCCAAUUCGUUGCGGAUCUGUCAAGACGAGUGCGUGUCCCAAUGGACACAGUGCAACGAGGAACAGUCGCUGGUGAACGGCUCUCUGAGUGCUGAGAUCUCUCGAAAGAGACGCAAGAUUGAGAGCAUCAAUGCGCAGAGGCAGCUGGAGCAGGAGGAGGCCCAUCCUCUGCUCAGCUACUUAGAACACAGGUGGGUUCAGGGAAUACAGAAAAACGUCCAGCUGGGCAUAGAACUGCUAAAGGAACAAAAUGGGCUGGAGUGA